GUGAAUAUUCAGGAAGCAAUUAGAUUGCAUGAGAAUGGCAAUCUUGAACGGUCAACCAUUAUGUUCGGCAAACUGGCCGAUCCUAAAGGAGCUAACAAUGCUCUCAGCCAAGUUCUAUAUGGACUUGCAUUACGGCACGGCUGGGGCUGCACCGCAAAUCCUGAGCUCGCAAUCACAUACCUUUCAACAGCCGCAGCGAAUAGUGCUGAGAUCGAGUCACUUGCGCUAUCUGCCGGUAUGAAAAAGGGCGGCGCCGCGAAGGGCGAACUCGUGUUAGCGAUCUUCGAGCUGGCCCAAUGCUAUCGCCAAGGUUGGGGCGUGAAGAAGGAUCCCGUGGCUGCAAAGACGUAUUACGAGACAGCAGCCAAUCUAGGCGACACCGAUGCAAUGAAUGAGGUGGCUGCCUGCUAUCUGGAUGGUAUUGGAUGCAAAAAGGACAAGUUCCGAGCCGCACAAUAUCUUCGCCUCGCAGAGGAAAAGGGAAGUAAGACGAUUGGUAACUCUUGGAUCUGGAAAGACAAAUACAAUCCGAAGGCAUAGUAUAUGUAUGCAAGGUGGACGCC